AUGACGCCCCCGGGGGCAGUGCGGGGCAACGCCGGCCCGGCCGCACGGCCCCGGCUGGACCUACAUUUUCUCCGACGCUUCCUAAAGAUACAGUCCAUCUUGUUUCCCCGUUUUUCAUCACAGAAUGUCUUGAUGUUCCUGACCCUUCUCUGUGUCACCCUGCUAGAGCAGCUGGUCAUCUACCAGGUGGGGCUAAUACCCAGUCAGUACUAUGGUGUCCUAGGAAACAAAGAUCUGGAUGGAUUCAAGACCCUGACAUGUCUAGCCCUUGUUCUCAUCGUGGUCAACUCCACACUGAAGAGCUUUGACCAGUUUAUCUGUAACCUGUUGUAUGUGAGCUGGAGGAAGGACCUUACUGAGCACCUUCAUUGCCUUUACUUCCGGGGCCGAAUCUACUACACCCUCAACGUGAUUCGUGAUGACAUCGAUAAUCCGGACCAGCGCAUUAGUCAAGAUGUAGAGAGGUUCUGUCGGCAGUUUAGCACCAUGGCCAGCAAGCUGAUCAUCUCGCCUUUCACCAUCACCUACUACACGUAUCAGUGCUUUCGAAGCACGAGCUGGCUUGGGCCAGUGAGUAUCUUUGGUUACUUUGUCUUGGGGACCAUAGUGAACAAAGUCCUGAUGGGCCCUAUUGUUUCAAAGCUGGUGCAACAGGAGAAGCUGGAAGGAGAUUUCAGGUUUAAACACGUACAGCUUCGGGUGAAUGCUGAGCCAGCAGCUUUCUAUAGAGCUGGGCACGUGGAACAUGCCAGGACAAAUUAUAGGCUGCAGAAACUCCUGAAGACUCAGAAGGAGCUCAUGUCCAAGGAACUUUGGCUUUAUAUUGGCAUCAACACAUUCGACUACUUGGGCAGCAUCCUGAGUUAUGUGGUUAUUGCGAUCCCCAUCUUUAGUGGCGUCUAUGGAGACUUGACCCCGGCAGAGCUAAGUGCUCUGGUUAGCAAGAAUGCCUUUGUGUCCAUUUAUCUCAUCAGUUCCUUCAGUCAACUCAUUGACCUCUCAACAACCCUCUCUGAUGUGGCUGGAUAUACACACAGAAUUGGGGAAUUGCAAGAGACCCUGUUGGACAUGUCUUUAAGGCCUCAAGAUUGUGAUUCAGAAGACCUGGAUGAUUGGGAUGUUAAUGAGGCCUCAGGAUCCAAGGCAACAGACACAGCCUUUCUCCUGGACCGGGUCUCCAUUUCCGUGCCCUUCUCUGACAAGCCUCUGAUCAAGGAUCUGAGCCUGAGAGUCUGUGAGGGGCAGAGUCUGCUGAUCACAGGGAACACGGGCACCGGCAAGACCUCCCUGCUCAGGGUGCUGGCCGGCUUGUGGGAGAGCAUGCGCGGUACUGUGCAGAUGCUGACGUGCUUCGGUCCUCAUGGAGUGCUGUUUCUGCCGCAGAGACCUUUCUUCACAGAUGGGACCUUGCGUGAGCAGGUAAUUUAUCCUUUGAAAGAAGUCUACCCCGUAUCAGGUUCUGCUGAUGACGAAAGAAUCAUGAGGUUCUUGGAAUUAGCUGGCCUGUCGAGUCUAGUGGCAAGGACAGGGGGACUGGACCAGCAGGUGGACUGGAACUGGUAUGAUGUUUUGUCUCCAGGAGAGAUGCAAAGACUCUCUUUUGCCCGGCUCUUCUAUUUGCAACCUAAAUACGCAGUUUUGGAUGAAGCCACAAGUGCUCUGACCGAAGAGGUGGAGAGCGAGCUGUACCGAAUCUGCCAGCAACUGGGCAUGACACUCAUCAGCGUGGGCCAUCGACAAAGCCUAGCAAAGUUCCAUUCUUCAGUUUUGAAACUUUGUGGAGGAGGAAAAUGGGAAUUGACCCCCACCAAAGAAGAAUGAAGCAGCCAGGAGGUCGUCGGACAGCUUCAGGAAGGAGCCAAGCCCCAGAGGGGUUGUGUAUCCAGAAGUGACCAGGAGAACUGAUUGAGUAAGAUAGGACUGAGCCGCUGGUGGACUGUCUGUGGAUUGGAAGUGUCUGCUGCUGCUGCCUCAACUGGCAGAAUCUUUAGUUGGUGCUCAGUGCCUACCUCCAGUGCCUUUUUGGAGGAAAUCCCCAUCCUCAGCCAGGACCCUGAAAUGCUUAGCUACACAAGUACCCGAGAUCAUGUUCGCUAAAGAAGCCACUUCAAGUUCUCAGAGAGCAUUGAAUUGGGCCUUUUCUUCUGGUCCUGGCUCUGCCACUGACCGGGCCUCUGAUUUCUCAUCUGUAAAAUGAAAAGGCUAAAUUAGAUGGGGGGAGGACAAGAGCAGGAAGGGAAUAAACAUUUAUGUAGCACCUCCUAUGUGCCAGGCACCCUGCUGGGUGCUUUUUACAAAUAUGAU